AUGAGCAUCUCCAUCCCGGCGGGGCUGACGGAGCUGCUGCAGGGCUUCACCGUGGAGGUGCUGCGGAGCCAGCCCGGGGACCUGCUGGAGUUCGCGCUCCAGUACUUCGGGCGCCUCAAGGCGGAGGCGGCGGAGAGCGGCGCCGGGGGCGGCUCCCCCGCGCCGGGCCAUGAGAGGGGCAGCCUGGCGCCCCGCAGGGCCCCCACCAGGGGGGUCAGCUUCGCCGAGGAGCCCAUGCAGACCGACUCGGAGAGCGGGGACGAGGAGGAGGAAUUCGCCGGUAAGGGCGGGGCCUUUAAAUCUCCAGUGAUAAACCGGUUCACUAGACGGGCAUCAGUAUGUGCAGAAGCUUACAAUCCUGAUGAAGAAGAGGACGACACCGAGUCAAGGAUUAUUUACCCCAAAACAGAUGAUCAACGAAACAGAUUGCAAGAGGCUUGCAAGGACAUUCUUCUUUUUAAGAACCUAGAUCCGGAACAGAUGUCUCAGGUAUUAGAUGCUAUGUUUGAAAAGCUGGUUGAAGGAGGGGAGCAUGUCAUUGAUCAAGGUGAUGAUGGUGAUAACUUCUAUGUAAUUGAUAGAGGAACAUAUGACAUUUAUGUAAAAUGUGACGGUGUUGGGAGGUGUGUUGGUACCUAUGAUAACCGUGGAAGUUUUGGUGAGUUGGCCUUAAUGUACAAUACACCCAGAGCAGCUACCAUAAUUGCUACAUCUCCUGGUGCUGUAUGGGGUUUGGACAGGGUAACAUUCCGGAGAAUCAUUGUAAAAAACAAUGCCAAAAAGAGAAGAAUGUAUGAAAAUUUUAUUCAGUCAUUGCCAUUCCUUAAAUCUUUAGAACUAUCUGAACGCUUGAAAGUGGUGGAUGUAAUAGGCACCAAAAUAUACAAAGAUGGAGAACAAAUCAUUACUCAGGGAGACAUGGCUGAUUGUUUUUUCAUUGUAGAAUCUGGAGAAGUGAGAAUUACUAUGAAAAGGAAGAAUAAACAGGAUGUAGAAGAGAAUGGGGCGGUUGAAAUAGCCCGGUACUCCAGAGGACAGUAUUUUGGAGAACUUGCUCUUGUAACUAACAAACCUCGAGCAGCUUCAGCAUUUGCUCUUGGCACUGUCAAGUGUUUAGUUAUGGAUGUACAGGCAUUUGAAAGGCUUUUGGGACCUUGUAUGGAAAUUAUGAAAAGAAACAUUGCAAACUAUGAGGAGCAGCUAGUUGCUCUGUUUGGAACAAACAUGGACAUUGCUGAUCCCAGUGCAUGA